CGAAUUGGUGAAUAUAAAAUUGGAAAAACGAUUGGUAAAGGUAAUUUUGCUGUUGUUCGACUCGCAAAGCAUCGAAUCGCUAAUGCUGAGAUAGCAAUUAAGAUAGUCGACAAAAAUUUCAUCGACGAGGAAAAUUUAUUGAAAUUGGAACGAGAAAUAAGUAUUUUAAAGAUUUUAUCGCAUCCACAUAUUAUUAAAUUAUAUGAAAUAAUUCGGUCUGAUAAUUAUAUCUAUUUAGUAACUGAGUAUGCAAAUCGUGGCGAGAUUUUUGAAUUACUUAUGGAAAAGGGACGAUUGGAUGAAACAGAUGCUCGCAGAUAUUUUCAGCAAAUAGUAAGUGCAGUUGAAUAUUGUCAUUCACGAGGAAUCGUACAUCGCGAUUUAAAAGCUGAAAAUCUUCUAAUUGAUUCUCAAAAUAAUAUUAAAAUUAUAGAUUUCGGAUUUAGUAAUUUUCAACAAUCAAAUUUGCUUUUGUCAACAUGGUGUGGUAGUCCUCCAUAUGUUGCACCUGAAUUACUCCUAGGCAAGAAAUACGAUGGUAGAAAAGCGGAUAUAUGGAGCUUAGGUGUUGUAUUAUAUAUCUUAGUAACGAGUGGUUUUCCAUUUCCAAGUGAUUCACUGGAUAAAUUGAAAUGUGCCGUAUUAGCGGGUCAAUUAAAUAUUCCUUAUUGGGUUUCAGUUGAAUGUGCUGAUUUGAUACGAAAAAUGUUAGUAUUCAGUCCUUUAAAACGAUUCACUAUUGCUCAAGUAAUUCAGCAUAGAAAUGAAAGCAGCAAAAAUCAAUUAUAUUUGGGAUCAAAUUUUUGUUCCAAAUUAAAUCCAAUUGUGAUGGUUUUCAUGCAGCAACAUACAAAAUGGACUGAGGAACAAAUUAUUGAUGAAAUCGUCAAAAAAAAUUUUGACGGCCCUAUUUUUGCGACAUAUGAAUUGCUUUGCGAUAAAUUAGCAGAAUCUAUUAAUGAUAAUAAAGAUUGCCCACAAAUUAGACGUGGUUCUCGUGGAUCAAUUGUUAGUGGGAAAGCAAAUGUCGAAACUGAAACGUCUGCGCCUACAAUUUCAGCACAUUAUCUUGCUAAACUCAGUUUAAGCACCGGAAACGAUUCUGAUAAAAGUGAUACAUCAGAUACUGAUGAAUCAUGUUCUUCAAGUAGAUCAUGGAUUCAAAGGCACUCAGCUCAAUUUGGUUUCGUGUCUGGAAUCGAACAACCAACAUUAUGCUCAAAUCGACAUGAAAAUAGGCGGCAUACCCUUUAUGCAGGAAAUAUUUCGCCUUUGGAAUCUUGUUUAUUUUUUUUAAAUCCGGUUAGUUUUUUAUAA